CUAGGGUUUUCAGUGUCUAAAGAGCACUUCCUACUUCGAUGAGCUGAAGAAAAUUGUUGACUACCUUCCAACUACUGUAGAAUACCAUAGCUCUUUUCCCAGUGGCCCUAACAGCCUGUAGAUAACAGGCCCAAAAUGAGUGAUCAGUUUGGCUAUGUACGGAAGAGUGCCAGUGAGGUACAGAACAUAGGACGAAAGCCACAAAUCAACACGAUGAACCUUCCACAGAGGUCAAGAAAGUUGGCCUUUCCUGGGGAAGAAGAAGACAACGAGGCAAGUCAGUUCUUUGCUUCAGGCAUGUUUCGGCCAGAUAAAGACAUGAAUCCAGGGAUUUUAUCAUCACAGUCACCGUCGCAGUUGACAGGCUUCAGUGCAGGCAACUUCUACACAUCUGCGGGAAAUUUAACAUUGCCCCAACGACCAAUAGGAAGUGGACAAUUUCGCAAUAAUACAGGUACACCAACCAGUAUGAAUCCAAACUUUCCUAUUGGGCUGCAGCAAGCACAACAACACUCCCCUAACAGCAUAUCAGCCAUAGGUCCUCGCAAUAUCUUGGGCAGCCAGACUCAGUCCAGUCACUUGAAUAACUUGCAAAAGAGAUCCACCAUUGGCAGCAGUUUCGGCGCUCCAGGUCCAAUGACAAGUUACAGCACAUUUGGUUUUGGGUCUAGUCGAUCAAUUGACUCGCACCCAACUCUUGAUUUGUCAGACUUUCCCUCACUGAGCAGUCGCAGCAGUGUUGCUCCAAAUCCCGUACCAGCCAACAGAACUUAUGUAGGGAUGGUGAGUAAACCACCACAGGAGUCAGCCCCUGAGUUCAACAUCACACAGGAGGAGUUUCCAGCAUUGCCAGGCUCCCAGAAUCCACCUUCACAAUCAUCAGAUCCAUCAUCAAAAACUCCAACAAGUACCCCAACAGGAUUUGAUCCAAUGAGCAAUAAAGAUGGGAGUAAGUUUACAGCAGACAAGUUACAAGGCGGGCAACCAAAACGAGGUAUCCAGACACAUCCAGAUGGUAUGGUAACCAAUAUCCCACAAGGAAUGGUUGCAGACCAGUUUGGUAUUGUUGGUUUACUGACUUUCAUUCGAGCAGCAGAAAAUGAUCACAACCUUGUUGCACUUGCACCUGGCAUUGAUCUGACGACGUUAGGCCUCAACCUCAAUUCCCCAGAGAAUUUAUACAGCACAUUUCAGUCACCUUGGGCAGAUGCACCCUGUCGACCUCAGGACAUAGAUUUCCAUGUUCCUGCAGAGUACUUGACCAACAUUUUUAUCAGGGAAAAGCUUGCACCAAUUAAACUGAAUCGGUACGGAGAGGACUUGCUGUUCUUUCUUUUCUACAUGAAUGGAGGGGACGUCUUACAACUGGCAGCAGCAGCAGAAUUGUAUAAUCGUGACUGGAGAUACCACAAAGAAGAGCGCGUGUGGAUGACGCGAGCACCAGGAAUGGAUCCCAUUCACAAGACCAAUGUAUCAGAGCGUGGCACAUACUACUUUUUUGAUGCACAAAACUGGCGGAAAGUGGCAAAAGAUUUUCACCUCGAGUAUGACAAGUUGGAAGACCGGCCGACGUUACCUACAACCCUCCACCACAAUCCCAACAUGCCUACUCAACCCCACUAGCAUAGGCUUUUACAUCAUGUAACCUCAUUCCCAUCACUGAUUAGUUUUCUAGGGUGUUGGACAUGUCAGGCAUCAUGCACGUCACAUGGUCUUGCUAUUUUUUAAUCCCCUCAGAGACCAGGAGAGUGUGUGUGUGGUGUGUGCUUGUGCACUGGAAGGGGGUGCUUCCUUUUCCCAUUCUGACCUGCCAUUUGUCUGGCACAUCUCAGGCACCCUCCCACCCCUCAACCUACGCCAGUGGAACUGACUGUGUCUUAUUUUGUUUUAUCAUGGUGCAUCUUUUCCUGUUGAGAAGUGUCAUCUGUGAGUGUGAAGGUUGCGAGUGUCAGAUAGCUUGAUCUCCCCACCCUCCCUCCCUUUUCUCCCCUCUCCCCAGCAUCACCCACAGACACUGGAAGGCAAGGACAUGUGAAUCUCACAUUGAGGAUCCUGAUUUUCCAGGGUGGACAUUAAACAUUGGCAGCUUCUUAUCCUGAAGGUAACCUCUUCCAGUGUGUCAAACCCAUCAAGGAGUAUUUUGCAGAUUUUUAAAUUUUUUUUUAAAAAAGACUAUGUGCCACUAAAUGGCCUUGGGUGUCAAAGAUGGCAUCAACACCCCUUAUCCCCAUGACCCCUCUGACAAAGCAAGCUUGUGACUGUUGGAAAUUAAAAAUUGGAAGUAGUUUACCGCAGCUGAUUAGAAACAAAAUAGAAAUAGAGGUCACAUGACAGGAAGUGAGCAAAGAUUUAAAGAAAAUCAACUGCCUUUACUUACAGGGUUUUUUUUUUAAAAAGAAAAUUAUGGCAAAGUGCUUAUAUUAUGAGAUGGCUUAAAAUUACACAAACUUGGAAGGCUGCUGCUUGAUGUGGGCUGCUGUCUGAUGGGAACCUCAGGAGUGGACCAUGCAUUGUCACUGUUCUUGUUCUUGAUGAGAAAAGAACUUUGCAUUGUACCACACACCCAACAGGUGUAAGUGUGAUCACCCUGUUGAUUGUCAGGGUGCUUGUGGCACAUGCCCUAGGCUGACUGUACAGUGAUUUUUAUGCCAUUGUUAAAAUGUGAACACCUCACAGAGACCAAAUACAGAUCAUGGUGAGUUUUGAA